AUGUGUCAAGCUGAAAUCCGAGCUCAGAAGCAACGCGAGCAAAAUGAGCGCCGGCUUUCAGUUCAACGCAACAACGCAUAUUUCUCUAUUCGGUCCCAGAGUGACAGCGAAAGCGCAAAGCCCAAUCCAUCGACCACCCUUAAACCCCCUCAAGAUUCAGGUCAGCGGACUUGUCCUCCAAACUUACCAUUGACGACUCCGACGUCUUGGAGUGAAGAGUGCGCUUCACCUGUGCCGUAUCACAAUUCACGCCCAACGCUUACAUCAAAUUCGGUAAGCGAUAACAUAUCCCCAAAUAUAGCGGCAACAACAACUAGUACAGUGACAUGUUUUACUACCUCUAUCGCACCAACAACAACAACAAACACACCGGUACCUGCCGACUGCACAGCGGUGUCAACAGCCCGGCCUAUUCUUGCUGCACAAGCACAAAUUAACUUGACUGCAAGCACUGGCAACAAAGGUAAAGCGCAAGAAAGGUUGAAAAACGAAACAACAAAAAAUGCGGCCAUACAGACUGGAAUGGACCGCUAUGUUACAAUAAAAAGAAAACUUAGUCCGCAAAAUUCAACGGGCAGUAAGACAAUAAUAAACCGCCUUACCUCAACUCAGCAAGUCAGUACGAAUAGAUUUGCACUGCUAAGUGACAAUGCCGAUGAUGUGAAUAGCCAAAUUUCUGAAGAUGCUGCAAAAGCUACUAAUGCCAAACCUCCGCCCAUUUUUAUAAGAGAAGAGAAUCCAAGCGCUCUUGUUAAUAAAAUUCACACAGCUAAUCGGUAG